AUGGCUGCCGGUGCGCCCUGCGAACCGGUACGCGGCCUGCUGGGCGAGUCGGCCGGCCCCGCGGCCGGGUACGCGGUGCAGCAGCUGAACACCGAGCACUGGCUCAGGGCCGGCAGGCGGGUGAGCGGGCACAAGGUGGGCCUCACCAACAAGGCUGUCCAGGAGCAGCUUGGCAUGGACGAGCCCAUCUGGGGCGUCCUGUACUCCGACAAGUGCCGCACCGACGGUGAUGACAUCGGCGGCACCGGACUGAUCGAGCCGCGGGUUGAAGUCGAGGUGGCGGUGGUGCUCGGCGCCGACCUGGACAAGGGCAGGCACACCGUGGCGGACGUGAUCAGCGCUACGGCCUAUGUGCUGCCCGCGCUGGAGAUAGUCGACAGCCGCAUCGCCUGGGACAUCACCAGCGCCGACAUGAUCGCCGACAACGCGGGCAGCGGCCUCUACGUGCUCGGAACCCGCCCGGUGCCGCUGGCCGCGGUCGAUCUGCGUCGGGUGGAGAUGCGGCUCACAGUCAGCGGAGAGGAGGCGGCCACCGGUUCCGGCGCGGCCUGCCUCGGCAAUCCCUUGAACUCUGUGCUGUGGCUGGCCGACGCCAUGGCCCAGCGCGGCACCCCGCUGCGCGCCGGCGAGUGCAUCAUGACCGGCUCGCUCUGCCCCAUGCAGCCGAUCAGCGAUGGUGACGAGAUCCUGGCCGAGAUCGACGGCCUCGGCACCGUGUCAGCGCUGCUAUCCGCCGCCUGA